AAAAGACUCAAUGUGCCAAUGACUGCAUUUCAUCAGACCAGCAUCCGUGCUAAACGUGCAAAAAUGAAAUCCUUGGCUCUGGUUGUGGUAUUUUGUGCCUUUGUCCCUUUAAGUGAUUCUGCCUGCUUUACUGACCUUCUAAAACGAGGAGCAAAACACUGUGUUGAUCGCUUUGAUCACUCCAAGCAUCGAAUGGGAAGUACUUGGAGAAACGACGAAUGUGUGAAAUGUACCUGCUCUCCCGGCCGAAUGCACUGCUGUAAUGUGAUGGGCCAAGUGGCUACCAUGACUGAAGGCUGCGCUGUGAAGUAUAAUUACACAACAUGCACAUUUGACGUGUUUCAUCCAGAGGACCCCAGCUUUAAGUGUGAUUAUGGUGUUGUUGGAAAAUAAUUUCCAGUGACCAAGUAAUGUGGAUUUAUUCGGGUUAAAAUUAAUCUCAAUUGUUAUUGGACCCAACCUGGACUACGCUGCAUACUAAUUAUUAAUGACAUAGCUAAAAAUCUUGAUUAUCAAAAGGUUUUGCAUUUAAGACUUUCUUUUAUCACUAAAACAAAGCAUUUUAAGUAAGAGCUAAGUUAAGAGAACAAAGAAUUUAGCGCUUCUCCAUGUAUAGAGGCCAAUAUAUGUUGGAAAAUAAAUAAAUAAUAAAUAAUUGUCUGUAAAAAACAAACAAAAACAACAACAACAACAAAAAGUGUAUGCUUCUAUAAGAAAAAGGUAUGAAUUACAUCACAGUUUUCUUUUCAUUUAUGAUUUAAAACAUGAAUCUUGCAUUAUUUGCUUCUGAUUACCUAAAUAAAUGACUAAAAUUGCU